GGCGCGAGGCGCGAGGCGCGGCGCGGGAAGCAUGGUCCGGGGUCGGGCGGCGGCCUGGGCCGCGCUGGGGCCGCUGCUGUGGGGCUGCGCGCUGGCGCUGCAGGGCGGGAUGCUGUACCCCCGGGAGAGCCCGUCGCGGGAGCGCAAGUCGCUGGACGGCCUGUGGAGCUUCCGCGCCGACUUCUCCGACACGCGGCGCCGCGGCUUCGAGGAGCAGUGGUACCGGCGGCCGCUGCGGGAGUCAGGCCCCACCUUGGACAUGCCGGUUCCCUCCAGCUUCAACGACAUCGGCCAGGACUGGCGGCUGCGGCAUUUUGUCGGCUGGGUGUGGUACGAACGGGAGGUGACCCUGCCGGAGCGGUGGACCCAGGACCCGCGCAUAAGAGUGGUGCUAAGGAUUGGCAGUGCCCACUCCUAUGCCAUUGUGUGGGUGAACGGGAUCAACACACUUGAGCAUGAGGGUGGCUACCUCCCCUUUGAGGUCGACAUCAGCAGCCUGGUCCAAGUGGGGCCCCUGCCCCUCCGCGUCACUAUUGCCAUCAACAACACGCUCACCCCCUCCACCCUGCCACCAGGGACCAUCCGCUACAUGAAUGAUGCCUCCAGGUACCCCAAGGGUUACUUUGUCCAGAACACAGACUUUGACUUCUUCAACUACGCGGGACUGCAGCGGUCUGUGCUUCUGUACACGACACCGACCACCUACAUCGAUGACAUCACCGUCACCACCGGCGUGCAGCAAGACAGCGGGCUGGUGAAUUACCAGAUCUCCGUCAAGCGCGGCAGCCAGUUCGAGUUGGAAGUGCGUCUUUUGGAUGCGGAAAACAAAGUCGUGGCCGACGGGACUGGGACCCAGGGCCAGCUGAAGGUGCCGGGUGCCAACCUCUGGUGGCCGUACCUGAUGCACGAAUGCCCCGCCUACCUAUACUCAUUGGAGGUGCGUCUGACGGCACAGACGUCAGUUGGUCCUGUGUCUGACUUCUACACGCUCCCUGUGGGGAUCCGAACCGUGGCUGUCACAGAGAGCCAGUUCCUCAUCAAUGGAAAACCUUUCUAUUUCCACGGCGUCAACAAGCACGAGGAUGCGGACAUCCGAGGGAAGGGCUUCGACUGGACGCUGCUGGUGAAGGACUUCAAUCUGCUGCUCUGGCUUGGGGCCAACGCCUUCCGCACCAGCCACUACCCCUACGCGGAGGAGGUGCUGCAGAUGUGUGACCGCUACGGGAUUGUGGUCAUCGAUGAGUGCCCUGCCGUGGGCCUGGUGCUACCGCAGCACUUCAGCAACAUGUCUAUGAAUCACCACAUGCGGGUGAUGGAGGAGCUGGUGCGCAGGGACAAGAACCACCCCGCUGUGGUGAUGUGGUCAGUGGCCAACGAGCCUGCGUCCUCCCUGGAGUCUGCUGGCUACUACUUCAAGAUGGUGAUCACUCACACCAAAGCCGUGGAUCCCUCCCGGCCUGUGACCUUCGUGACCAACUCCAACUACGCAGCAGACAAGGGGGCUCCGUAUGUGGAUGUCAUCUGUGUGAACAGCUACUACUCUUGGUAUCACGACUACGGGCACCUGGAGUUGAUUCAGCUGCAGCUGGGCACCCAGUUUGAGAACUGGUAUAAGACUUAUCACAAGCCCAUUAUUCAGAGCGAGUAUGGAGCGGAAACAAUUGUAGGGUUUCACCAGGACCCACCUCUGAUGUUCAGUGAAGAGUACCAGAAAGCGCUGCUGGAGCAGUACCAUCUGGGUCUGGAUGAAAAACGCGGAAAGUACGUGGUUGGAGAGCUCAUCUGGAAUUUUGCUGAUUUCAUGACUAACCAGACACCGCAGAGAGUGCUGGGGAAUAAAAAGGGGAUCUUCACUCGGCAGAGACAACCAAAAGCUGCAGCGUUCCUUCUGCGAGAGAGAUACUGGAAGAUCGCCAACGAAACCAGGUAUCCCCAUUCAGCGGCCAGGUCACAGUGUUUGGAAAACAGCCCGUUGAUUUGAGCAAGAGCUGCCUCUCGGCUGACACCGCCCGUGUCCUUCCCCCCGAGUCACGGCGACUGCCGCAGCAGAACACGUGUCUCCUGGACUGUUCACGGCUGGCCAGAAUGUUUCCGGCCUGGGUUUUGUGGUCCGUCCGUGCUAGCGGGGAACACGAGAGGUGGAAAUACGAGAUUUUCUAGUAUGGAAAUAAAGAGUUCACGUGAAAACGGCUCCUGAAAA